CUGUUGUCCAUAAUAAUCUCAUCAUGUAGUAGGCUAUACCUGCACUGUAUCUGAAAACUGUUGGAUAGAGCGCAAAUGCAAAUACCAGAGUCAGCACAUUCGCUACACUUUUUGUGACAAAAUCAUCAGUAGGCCUACAGUUGAAAAUGCGAUGGAAACUCAUUUAACUUGUAUUUUUUUAUUUAAGGAAUUUAAACUCAAAAGUUAUUUUUAUGUGCACUACGUAUUGACGGACAUACUUUUAUCCGCAACAAGUCAAUUUGAUGGAAACACAACUCUGAUGGGAAAAUGCGCCAGGGUUUCCCUUAGCCAGUAAUUGCGGCUUUUGGCCGAUAAAAAAUGAAAAGCCAAUAAAUACAAUUGUAUCCAGCCAAAUGGUCCAAGAGAGGCUGUCUAGCAUAGCCUAGACCCUGAAUGCGCGCUUCAGCACCAUUCUCUCACGCCUUGUAUGCACUGGCCUCCGGCUGAGGAGAGAGAGAGCGAGGUACCUUGGCCUUGGCUACUGUUGAUUGUGAAGAUGGAGGCCUUUUUCAUUGAAGUAAAACAAACGUUAGAGGAAAAAGAGUAUGCCUAUAGUGAAAAGCCUACAAGGGGAAUUUAAUAUAAGUUUUAAUAUUGUAGUGGACUAAGAUGAGAAGAAUGUUGGCAAGGCCAAAUGCAGUCUACUGUGUAACUCCCUAUUCAGGUGAGACCAUGGUCAUCGGUGAGCCUACCAGGGCCAAGUUGGACAUCACACAGCAGUCAUCAACAACUGACAUCUGCUCAGACUGCAGCCAGAUCAUUGAGCUAUUCACAGACAUGAUCUCCAACACAGACACCCAGGAGCUGAUCCACAACACCCUGGAUUACCUGUGUAAGCGCCUCCCUGGAGGUAUGGCUCAAAGCCACUGUAUAUCCCAGGUGGAGAUGUACCUGCCCCAAGCCCUCCAGUACCUCAUUGGCAUACUGAAGCCAGGUGAGACAUGUAUGGUCUUGGGACUGUGUGCUGUCUGCUCAGAGAGGGGAGCACCUAAACAGCUUUCUCCUACAAUCACUGACAUGAAGCUGUCCAACGCUGUCCUUGACUCAGGCACCAGCCCAGAGGUGCAGGUCAGACCACAAUGUACCUUCUGUGUUUAUCUCAUGAAGAAACUGGAGAGCUUGUUGCCUACGGAGAAGAUUGGGGAUGCCGUAUUGAAGCUAAUGGGAGGAGUGUGUGGCCUCCUGCCUGCCAGCUACAAGGACCAGUGCAAUGACUUCAUCAACAAGUAUGGCAAGGAGAUAGUUGACAUCCUGCUGCCGUCAGCUACCCCUUACUCCAUCUGUGCCCUGCUGCACCUGUAUAUGUUCCAGGAGACCCCCAGCAUGGAGAUGCCCCUACCCUCUGACUGUGAUUCCUGCCGUACGAUGGCGGUUCUGAGCCGGCUCCACCUGGGUCUCAACGCCACUGAACCUCAGACCUCCUCUUUCCUCCAGUCUGUCUGCCUGAAGCACCCCAACGCCAUCCCCAAGUGUGAAAUGUUCACCAAACUCUAUGGCCCCAGGCUGCAGAAGGUUCUGGGAAGCCAAAUGGAUACUCCGGAUGCAUGUGAGAGAGCUGGUGUGUGUGUUGCUGUGAAAGAGCAGCAUCUUCUGAGGAAGAACCAGUGUACCUGGGGACCCAGUUACAUCUGCGGGGACUUGAAAACCGCUCAGGAGUAUGGUAUGGUAGACUUCUGCCUGAAGGUCAUGUGGAACUAGAGCUGAGAACCACACCCAGCGAUCUCCCUUCAUGGAUGAAUCUCUGAUGAUUUAUCUGCAUUUAUUAACUGCAAAAUGUGUUUAAGAAUUGCACUUGUUACUGACUGCACUGUUGCCUUAAUAUUUUUCUGUACAUUUCAUUUAACAGGUAUGAUAUUCUACUGAUGAGCAAUUUGAGAAAAAUGUCUGUACAUUUCCUUCAUUUGAUUUGUACUUGUUGUGGUAGGUUAAUGUUGUAGCACUGAGAUGAUGAUUUGAUGUUGUCAGGUUUGAUUUGCACUGUGUAGGCUGUUACGAGCGCAGUAAGUAAUUAAUUCAAACAUACUGUAAAUGUUUGAGUUAAAAUAAUAGUGGACCUAUUUAAGCAGAUAUAUCCACAAGUAUAAUACAUCAUUUAUAUUGGAAAUUCAUUGUGACUUUUCACUGUUGUCUGCAAUAAAGUUAGGCUAUCUUCAUAUAAAAUCAGUCAUAAUCAGGAAAAACAAAUAUGGUACAGUAAAUAAAAUGGCAAAGUGCCUU